GCUCCUCACUCUGAGGACAAGGUUCCUCACUCUGAGGACAAGGUUCCUCACUCUGAGGACAAGGUUCCUCACUCUGAGGACAAGGUUCCUCACUCUGAGGACGGCGUUUUUCAUUCUGAGGAGAAGGCUCCUCACUCUGAGGAAAAGGUUCCCCACUUUCAGGACAAGGUUGCUCGCUCUGAGGACAAGGUUCCUCACUCUGAGGACAAGUUUACUCACUCUGAGGACAAGGUUCCUCACUCUGAGGACAAGGUUCUUCACUCUGAGGACAAGGUUCCUCACUCUGAGGACAAGGUUCCUUAUUCUUAGUACAAGGUUCCUCACUCUGAGGACAAGGUUCCUCACUCUGAGGACAAGGUUCCUCACUCUGAGGACAGCGUUCCUCAUUCUGAGGACAGCGUUCCUCACUCUGAGGACAGCGUUCCUCGCUCUGAGUAAAGCGUUCCUCACUCUGAGGACAGCGUUCCUCGCUCUGAGUAAAGCGUUCCUCACUCUGAGGACAGCGUUCCUCAAUCUGAGGACAGCGUUCCUCACUCUGAGGACAGCGUUCCUCACACUGAGGACAGCGUUCCUCACUCUGAGGACAACCUUCCUCACUCUGAGGACAGCGUUCCUCACUAUGAGGACAGCGUUCCUCACUCUGAGGACAGCGUUCCUCACUCUGAGGACAGCGUUCCUCAUUCUGAGGACAGCGUUCCUCACUCUGAGGACAGCGUCCCUCACUCUGAGGACAGCGUUUCUCACUCUGAGGACAGCGUUCCUCACUCUGAGGACAGCGUUCCUCAUUCUCAUUUCGUUCCCAAUACUCAUUUCGACGUGGUAUCGACGACCAAACUCCAAUUCUGA